AUGUUCGCCUUCACCAUGCCCGCCGCCCCGCUCGCGCUGCGCGCCUCUUCCUUCACGGCGGCGGCCGCGACGCCGCGCCGCCGCCAUGUGCGCGCGGCGCGCCUGCCCCCGCGCGCCGUGCUCUCCCCCGUCGACUUUGAUUCGCUGGGCGCCGAAUGGGCGGCCCUGCCGCCCAAGGACAAGAAGAGCCCCACCGAGAUCGUCGACCACGCGCUGGAGAACUUCCCAGGCACCGUCGCCAUCGCCUUCUCCGGCGCGGAGGACGUCGUCCUCAUCGAGUACGCGUCCCGCACCGAGAAGCCCUUCCGCGUCUUCGCGCUCGACACGGGCAGGCUGCAUCCCGAGACCUACCGCUUCUAUCGCGAGGUCGAGAAGCAUUACGGUAUCAAGAUCGAGUACACUUUUCCGGAGUCGGCCGAGGUCACCGAGCUUGUCAACGAGAAGGGCAUGUUCUCCUUCUAUGAGGAUGGCCAUCAGGAGUGCUGCCGCGUCAGGAAGGUCCGCCCGCUCAGGAGGAAGCUCGCUACCCUGUCGGCCUGGAUUACCGGCCAGCGGAAGGACCAGAGCCCCGGCACCAGGGCUGAGAUUCCUAUUAUUCAGACCGAUCCAGCUUUCAAGGGCACCAACGAUUCCGUCUUGAUCAAGUAUAAUCCGUUGGCGAAUGUCUCGUCGUCCGAGGUAUGGGCCACUAUCCGUGCUACAGAGGUCCCGUAUAAUGCGUUGCAUGCCCAGGGCUUUACGUCCAUCGGCUGCGAGCCUUGCACGCGCCCGGUCCUGCCCAACCAGCACGAGCGCGAGGGGCGCUGGUGGUGGGAGGAGGCCACGCAGAAGGAGUGCGGCUUGCACAAGGGUAACAUUUCCACUGAAGCGGGCGCUGAGGAGGCCGCGGAUGCGUUUGCGAUCGAAAACAUCGCUGGGGAUAAGGUCGUCGUCUUUACCAAAAAGGGCUGUAAGUACUGCGCAGCCCUCAAAGAUCUAUUCAAGGACAUUGGAGUUCAUUACUCCGAGCAUGAGAUCAGCGAGAUGGCUAACUAUGGUGAUAUCGUCGCGGCAUUAGAGAGACUCACUGGGCAGACAACUGCCCCAAAUCUUUUCGUAGGUGGCAAGCAUAUCGGCGGCAAUCAAGAGACUCAGACCAUGCACGCUGACGGGAAGCUCGUCCCGUUGCUCGAGAGUGUCGGCGCCCAGAUCUCCGUUUCGGCGUGAGUUGUGAGUAUCAUAUUUUUCCCCCUGUCAAUACGCUUUAGAGUCUACCACCACAUGUACUG